ACUGAAGAGUUGGGCUAAAUCACCAGCCUGCGAUAGAACGCACACCGCACAGGCCGGCGACAUUCCAAUGCGGCGGCGCCGUCGGGAAGGAAUACGCCGCCGGUUCGCGGUUGCUGCCUGCGACCGCUCUCCUCCGCGGAUGACCACCACACCGUUCCGUCGAGCCCGCGCGCCGCUCUCCCAGGGUCGCAGUCCAAGGGAGUACGAGACCGCACUCGGGCGGCCGGUUGGCGUGCGUCGAUCUACCGUGACGUCCAAGGGCCCGUGGAAAGCGACGAUCCAUCGACAGAGCAGUGUCCAAUGCCGUGGCGACUCAGGGGCGGCGGCUUGGACGGCGAACUUGUGGUGCCUUCGGCUUAGAUGGAGCCGCCACCCAUUCAACGCAAGCCACCUAUUCUACCAAAUGCCAGAGCCAAUGACUACUGCCAGCCUACUAGGAGUGUCAACGGGCAGCGGCAAGCGACGCAUGUGCGGCCGCCGCUUUCGGCUACGCCGGCCAACGCCCUGCCGUGCCCGCCAGUGAACAUACACAGCACAGCUCCAAAAUACGGGACAAAGGGCUGGAGAAAAUACUACUACUACCGCAGGAGCUACUCUGCAUUUUGGUUUAUUAGGCUCGAUCAGACGACGGCUGAUAAAGUAUGUGGAUGAUGCCGCCGCCGACGGCUACACUAGAAAUACAGCAUGCAUAAUCGAUUGGUACACACACCGUAUUGUUUGUGAGAGUUGGAUCAUCGAUUUAAUAUGGGUCCGUCUAAAUCUUUGCUAGUAAGUAUUGGCCACCCUAAAAGAAUGGAAGUGCAAUAUAAAAGUACAACCUGUUUUAGAUACUUCCAUAGUAAGUGUCAAAAACUUAGUACAAAAGUUAUACUAACUUAGUACUCCCUCUGUUCCAUUCUAUAGUGCCUAUUGUUUUUUGGCACGGAAAUUAGCGCAAAAGUAUUUUUUACACAAGACCCCUUGCUGUUCGAUUUGAGAUCAACGUAAAAUUUGGUAAAUCCAUAUCUUUCUAACUUACCAUAACAAUUUUUGGGAGCUGAACGAUUUGGGAGUUGAACGGGGAGGGGUAAUUGAAAAAAAGCUAAGCUAAAACCUUAUAUUCUGAAACAAAUGCCGAAAAUCUAUAGGCACUAUAUAAAGAAACGGAG